AUGUUUUCACCAACAACACAACAGCUUGGCCUUUUACAACUCAACGCACACACAAACAUCUUGUCUGUGCUGUCCAAGGAAGUUCAAGUGUCGGUCAUAACUAACAUAUCGGAACAUAUCUUCAAGAACAUGCAACAGUUCCAGUCUUCGUUAUCGACUGAAGAACACUGUAAAUGGUUUAUGGAAGUCAUUGGGGCUGGGCUCCGGCUUUCAGUUGAAUGUUUCCAGACAAUAGAGAAUUGUUAUAAUAUAUACGAAUCGUGGUUUAUGUUACGAGAAAAUGCCCCGGGACCAGUCCAACUCAAUUUUAAUGAAUUCAGAAAAACGGCACUUGACCAUAUCACUCUUAUGUUAUGCAAAAGAGAGUCUUCAUUGUAUUUCCAACACUUUCCAAAGUACUGCGAGUUGUGUAAACGAGCCGUCAACAUGAUAAGAACCAUUGCGAAGUCGUUAGACCCCAAUUCGGAGGAGACUUCGAGACUAUUUAAGUUGGUCAUUGGAUGCGUCGAAGAUGUUUGUGGCACUGAAUGGAGAAAGGAGGAUGCGAUGUUCAUGAUGCCCAUUGCAAAUAUCCUGAUCAAAACAUUUUAUGAGAUGUGGGUUGAGCAAUCGUACAAAGACCCAGCUUUAUGUAAAACUGUGUUAAGACUUCACAAGAAGUGGAUUAAUGUGAGUACGGUUGCUCUUGAGUGGGUUAAACUCUCCGUUGUCAUUCAAAAGACGUGUUUGGACACCAUAUACAUCACCAAAACAGGGCGUGGAACGUUGUCUUUAAAUAACGAGGACUAUCAUUUUUCCUUGACAACUACAACACCAAUCCUUUUUAAGACUUGGAUGCAAUUCCUUCACUUUGUGGGUAAUAUUGCAAAUAUCAAAGAACCUGAUGUUCUUGAAUUGAUAGAAGAAGGGUUCUAUAAUCUUGUUGUAUUGAUUAUGGAGUAUUCAUUCAACAAAACACUGACAAACCCACCAGAUGUCAACUUGAUUUUAUCGAUCUUUUUGAACGCUAUUAGCUUCCCAGUCCUCUACCUACCACAUCAGAAUUACAGAGAAGCUAUUUUACUCUCCCUCAAGACUUUAUUCUUGAUCAUUGAGACGUACAUCUUUGUGAAUACAAUCGAAGAGAAUUACAUGGUCUGCAUUUUCAAUAUGUUAGCGUCGUUUUUGGACUCAACAGAUAACAGUAUUUUGGUUGAGACGCUUGUGAGAAUCCCUCAACUCUUUGAAAAGCGAUUCCCAGGUAUCGAAGUGUUAUAUCCAAACCUUCUCUCUGCCUUUGAACGAUACUCAACCACCUCAGAGCCGAACAAAGCAGUCGUCCAAGCCAUUUUGUCGUCGCUCCAAAUCAUUCAAUUUUCGUUCUCCCCGGAGCGUCGUGCUAUGAUGAUCACUUCGAUUCCAAGAAAAAGCACCAAACCAUAUACCCACGAAUUGUUAAUACAAAAGACUCGACUGAUCUUGUUUAGACUGAUGAAAAUUGUGAACGACCCAUUCUCAUUGGAAGCACUGUUGUUCUGCUUCAAUAAAUUCUUUAUGGACUACAUCAGCAGAAGUUCGGACUCAAAGCAAAUUGACGACAACUCGCCCGAAUUUUUGUUGGACGAAUUCUUGAAGGUGUUGACUGUGAAUGGACUCAACUGGAUACAACUGUUAGUCGGCGCAAAUAAACAUUUGAGUUUCAUCGACUUGUGCAGGACGUUGUACUUUGUCAUCCCCAAUUUGUCGGUGCCACACAUCCCUAUGCAACAGUUGUUUGGCGUUGUGUCGAAUUACAUCGAACUCAACUUUAAAACGACUGAAGACAUCCACCCAUUUUUGUCGGUCUUUGCACUCUUGUUUGCAAAAAGCUAUGCCUCCCUUCCAACAAACGUUUUGAUGUCAACGCUAAGAUUGUGUAGUAAGAUCUGUACCUAUUUUAACGAGUCGAAAGACACAAACAUACUUGGUCAAUACAGAUUUGAUGCGGAUCUUAUGGCGGGACUCUCUUACUCCCUUCUCCCUCCUAUCUUCAAGGAUGUUGAUAUCGAUGAAAAGUCCUUACUACCGCUCUUUAUCAAAAAUAAUGUGAAGAAUCCGUUGGACUACUUCAGAGUGUUUUAUAACUCAGAGUCUAUUCUGACGUAUGUCAAUUUGCCUUGGACUAAAACCAAUAGAUUCACACAGGUACUCUUUAUUUGCAGAACACUAUAUAACAAAUACAGUUACACAGUAAGAUACAUCGAUGACACUGAAGAAUGGAAACCAGUCCCAUACUCUACAUGCGAGAAUAACGUCGAAAUUGGGACUAAGCCCUAUUACGAAGAAAACGAGUGGGACGUUACAAAGCCCAAGUUUGAUGUCAAGAAGUUCACUACCAUAGAAGUCGCGAAACAAAUUGGACAUCCACUCAAACUCCCAUCUUUCGACGAAAUUGACUCGACGUCGAACGUUAUUAACUGCUCAACUGCAAGACUUUUUGCAAUGAAUAUUCACACAACACAAUUUUCAAGAUCAGCGCUCUUGCCAUUAGUUGUAUCUGAUAAACUGUUAGACGCUUUAGUUGAGUUGGAUAAUGUUUCCACCAAAAUACCCGGCUGCGUGACUAUCAAAACAGAGCUUAAUACUGAACUCUUCAUAAACUUUGUUGACAAUAUCGGAAAGUUUGUCAACGCCGACACUUUCAUUGGGUUCAAAGGUGACUACGAUAACGGAACAUCUUUUGUCACAGAUAGAACAACAGAAUUCUCUGUUGUGUAUAACGUGCCAUCGAUUUACCAAACCCCACAACACAGAAAAUAUGGCGAUGAUGUUGUUAUCGAAUGGAGAAUACUGUCUGAAACAAGUCAACUAAAGAACGUCAAAGAAGAUAAGAAGCUUAUGAUCAUCAUUGAACAAGACCGAAGCGACAUUUUGAGAGUCAUCUCAAACAAAAUCAUCGGUCCGCUUAAAUUGGUUCAGUUCGUUGGGUUCGACAUUUUGCCAAUUUUACUGAGACUCGCAGUCCACGCAUUCUUGAAGUCACAACCACUCAACUCAUCACAAACCGCACGAAGACAUGCAAUUGAAAAAGUUAGUACACUCGUCGACGAUAAAAAUCCACACGGAGAAAUCCGCUUGUUGUUUAACACUGAAUUCUGCAAGACACUAAACACCUCAAAACUCAAUUUUAUUACAGAAGAACUCGAUAUACUGCCGUGCCUCCACCAACCAACUCACAAAUCAAGAUCUCCACUCGCAAAUUCCUUAAAAGGAUCAUUCAACAGUGAAGACGAUCCGUCUCCUUUGAACACCCCAAAUAAACAAAUCGAACAAGUCCUGCCUGAUCAACAACAAAGCAUCAAAUUGCCAACUGAAAAGCCCGCUCAGUCAUUGUCGGUGUAUAAAAAGCUGAUUAUGCAACAAGAAAAGCAACAACAACAAGUCAAACAAAUCGAGAAAAUCAACGACCAGACCGGACAAGUAGUUCCCCCACUGCCUCAACCAACUCAACAACAACAACUCGUCAAUGAAGCCAAACAAAAGUCACAAGGACUCUUCUCUUCGCCAAGAACAAGACAAAUGCAGAAACCACAAUUGUCACAGUCAAGCUCUUCACUUGACACAAUACAAAGUCCACAACAGACCCAACAAAUACAACAACAUACUUCUCCAUUACUACAAAGACCACAACCACCACAGAGACAACCAAACAUCUUCGGCUCCGCACCAAUUGUUUCGUCAUUCCAGAAGAAAGCGCCUAAGAACUAUUUUGCGACAAAAGAGGACCCAAAGAUAGCACCAAAGGCCAAUGUCUAUCCACAGUUCUCUGCCCCAGUAGUCAAUGAGACGAAGGGGCAAUACAGCUACCAAACACAAAACCCUUCACCGCAGAAGAAAACGCAAUCGACAUAUGGGGGGUGGCAAAUGGCUGUUGAUAAGAAGGAACAGAAAGGAGGGAGAAACUUUGUGAUGGGGGACAGAAGAAGUAAAGACAUCACCUCUACAGUCCACCACGAACAAUAA